GAUCCCACAGCCAACAUGCUCACUUCUGGACCUUAUGGCCUCAUAUUUGCUUCAUUCAUACCAUUUUAUUUUGACAUCCCGGCUUCAACAUGGUUUCGAAUUUUUGGUGUUCGCUUCUCCAAUAAGUCUUUCAUCUAUCUAGCUGGUCUUCAGCUCCUUCUAUCAUCUUGGAAAAGAUCUCUCUUGCCAGGGAUAUGUGGCAUCCUUGCUUGUUCCUUAUAUCGUCUGAAUGUCUUUCGCAUCCGAAGGGCUAAGUUCCCUGAGUUCAUUGCAUCAUUCUUUUCGCGGCUUUCUUGGCCUUCUAUGGAAAAUCCUCCUACAACACCAGCUAGGAAUCUUGCAGGAAAUGCACCUUCCUACACAACUCACCAAGUGGAGAGAACUUAUCCACCCACAGUUGUACCUUCAGCUGUAGUACCAUCGGAGGACUCUGUUGCUACCCUGGUGUCAAUGGGCUUCGAUCAGAACUCAGCCAGGCAGGCACUUGUUCAUGUUGGGAAUGAAAUCAAUGCUGCCACAAACAUUCUUCUUGAAGUACAAUCCCACUAAUUGAGACAGAAUUACCGGCGAGAAGUGGAUGCGCAGAUGUUAUUUCAUGGAUCUAAAUGCUUUGAUCAUGCAAAUACAUACAUUUUGGUGGCAACCAAUUUGCUUGCCUCCUGGAGUUCUGCGAUAUCACUGGGGAGUAGGAUUGUCUUCCAUUUUGGCCCCUCUUAUUUCUGUUAGUAGCUUGUAGUUUAAGUAAAAUCAUACACCAAUGCAACUCUAAAGCUCUUUUGAAAUUGUUUACCCUCAUGCAUGCUUGGAUGAUUAUAUGUGGGGCUUAUGGUCCAAAAUUACUGACAAAUUUGUAUAUUUGCUUGAUUUGAAUAGAUAAUUUAGGUGCUUUAGUUA